AUGAUGGCCGCGGCGGACGCUAUGGCGAACGCCAGCGGACCCGUCAGCAACCCGCGGCGAAAUCGCCAACGGAAUCGCCAGAGCGUUCGCCCACGUACCUGCGACCCUGCCGUCGGACUUGCCGACGAGCACGCCAGCCGGCUCGCCAACCGACGCACCCGCCAGCUCGCCCACCGACGCAUCCGCCAGCUCGCCAACCGACGCGCCAGCUGGACACGCCAGCGGCGUCCGACUGCACUGGAGCCUGCGUGCAGCAGCGGUCGCUUAGGGGGAAAGAGGGAGGAGGGGAAGGGAGUGGCGGCGGAGCACUGUGGGGGGGAGGUGAAAAGGGGAAAAGGGGUGACGGCGGGACGUCCGCCAGCAUCAGCACCAGCACUGACACCAGUCACCCACACCAGCGCUAGCCGCCAGCAGCUACACCGCCAGCAGAGAGACCCCGCCAGCAGCUUCACCGCCAGCAGAGAGACCCCGCUAGCAGCUACACCGCCAGCAGAGACCCCGCCAGCAGCUACACCGCCAGCAGAGACCCCGCCAGCAGCUACACCGCCAGCCGAGACCCCGCCAGCAGCUACACCGCCAGCCGAGGCCCCGCCAGCAGCUACACCACCAGCAGAGACCCCGCCAGCAGCUACACCGCCAGCAGAGGCUCAGCCAGCAGCUACACCGCCAGCAGAGGCUCAGCCAGCAGCUACACCGCCAGUAGAGGCCCUGCCAGCAGCUACACCACCAGCAGAGACCCUGCCAGCAGCUACACCACCAGCAGAGAUCCGGCCAGCAGCUACACCGCCAGCAGAGAGACCCCGCCAGCAGCUACACCGCCAGCAGAGAGACCCCGCCAGCAGCUACACCGCCAGCAGAGAGACCCCACCAGCAGCUACACCGCCAGCAGAGAGACCCCGCCAGCAGCUACACCGCCAGCAGAGAGACCCCGCUAGCAGCUACACCGCCAGCAAAGAGACCCCCGCCAACAGCUACACCGCCGGCAGAGACCCCGCCAGCAGCGCCACCGCCAGCAGAGACCCCCGCUAG